AUGAGUGAGCAUCGCCCCGGGCCCGGGGGGACUGGAGCGUCCCACGGGGGCGACCCCCGCUGUCCCCCUGCCACCUCGCAGCCCGUGGCACCCGCCGGCGGCAGCACCUCUGGUCUCAGCUGUGCCACCAGGCCCCGGGGACACCGAGCCCGGCAGCCUCCGAGCCGCAGCUCCGAGCAGGGGAGCAGCUCGGCCUCCCCACGGGGAUUUCCCGUGUCACAGCCUGGCCACCCCCUGCCCACCAGUGCCUUCGUGUCGCGGGGGUGUCCCCCGGGGUGUCCCCAGGGCUGCCACUGCCUGUCCCCCGCAGACAUCAUGGCUGACAAGGAGGGGGUGACGCUAUCGCUGGAGGAGGAGGAGGAGGAUGCCGACGUGGCCCUGGCGUACAAGACGCCGGAGAAGAAGAGCCUGCAGGAGAUCCAGGAGCUGGACCCGGGGGAUGAGAGCCUGCGGAAGUACAAGCAGGCGCUGCUGGGUGCCAUCCCCGCCGCCGUGGAUGCCAGCGUGCCCAACGUGCAGGUGACAAAGCUGACACUGAUGUGCGAGCAGGCGCCGGGGCCCAUCACCAUGGACCUGACAGGAGACCUGGAGGAGCUGAGAGGCCGGGCCUUUGUGCUGAAGGAAGGGGUGGACUACAGGGUGAAGGUGUCCUUCAAGGUGAACCGGGAGAUCGUCUGCGGGCUGCGGUGCUUGCACCUCACCUACCGCCGGGGCCGGCCCGUGGAUCGCGACGUGUUCAUGGUGGGCAGCUACGCGCCGCGGGCCGAGGAGUACGAGGUGGUGACGCCGGCGGAGGAGGCGCCGCGGGGAUGGCUGGCGCGGGGCUCCUACCGCGUCCGCUCGCUCGUCACCGACGACGACAAGUCGGAGCACCUCUCCUGGGAGUGGGGCCUGUGCAUAAAGAAGGCUUGGGAGGACUGACCCCACCCGCACCCCGCUCCCCCCGCCAGCCCGGGGACGAGGUGCCGCCAUCCCGGGGACCCUCGGCGGCACCGCCGCGCUUGCCCCAGUCGCGUCAAGGGUUGAGGGGGGUCCCUUAGCGAGUGAGAGCCCGUGGUCGUGGUCUUCGCAACCAAAGUUAUUUUUAAUUGCUCUUUUUUUUUAAAUAUCGACGCCCGCCUGGUCCUCACGGCGUCCCCGUCGCUGGGGCCGGGGCUGUGACCCUGCCGUGGCGGUGCCGUGCCCGGUACCCGCCCGGUCGCAGGCUGUGCUCUUCCAUCGCCAUUAAACCCUACAGACUGGUCUCUUA